AUGAUGAACAUGCCGUCGACCAGCACCAAGUGCGCCCAAAACAUGUGUGAUCCAGAGUGUGCAGAUAGCAGUAGAACGCUGGGAAUUAUUCAUGAGUUUAGAAAAUUGUACGAGGACAAAAUGCGGAUUAUUGAAGCUGAAGGUUCAGGCGAUUGCAAUAUAAAGGCUAAAUUAAGCCUCCAGCAUGACUGGAUCCGCGACCUGAACGAGCAGAACGAGAUGCUGGUGCGUGCGGUGGAAGAAUUAGAACAGGAGGCCACGGAGCGCGUCAUUGCCCUCGAAGAGAAACUGCGACAAAGCUCAAAGUGUGCAUGUGAGGUAAUGAACGGAUACAAGGAUUUAAGCAAUGCAUUUCAGCACGUGGACGCACUUCAAGAGGACGUGUGCACUUUGGUGGCAUUCAUUAAAAGAUCGAUAAUGCAACGCUCCUGGGAUCUGGAUAGCCUUAGUUUGCGAACUGUGAGAAUCUUUGAUAUUACCCCUGAUGUAUUUCCACAGACACCUAUAAUGGAGAAUGAGACUAAGAUGCAGCACGAAAUCGCAUUAAAAGACAAAAAUAUAAAAAUGCUGCAACAGAAACUAGAAGAUGCAAUGAAUGCCAAAAUGCUGAUGGCCGCUGAAAUGCAGAAGGAGUGCAACAAAUGUGACGAAUUGCAGAAAUCAAUGCUGGACAUUCGCGACGCACUUGCGGCCGAGGUCGCCGACAAACACGACGUGAUCCUCACGCUCAAACGAGACGUGCAAGUUUUGGAAGAGCAGUGCAAGAAGGCAGACCAGCAAACACACUUCAAGGAUGACAUCAUCAAGGAGUUGCGGAAAGAGAUCAAAUUACUUAAAUCAGAGGCAGAGGAGAGAACCAAUACUGAGAUGAUGCACUUGGAAUGUGAAAAUGUUCAAUUACGUGCGGCGAUUAAGAAAGCAACGAUUCAAUUAGAAAUGUUCGAGAAUAGCAAUGAGAUUUUUAGUGAAAAUAAUGAGAUGAAACAUUUGUAUGAAGAGACCAUACAAAAACUCUGCCAUCUUGAAUGUGAGAAGGAGGAUCUACAUAAAUUACUCCAUGAUCAUAAAAUAGAGAGCUCGAGAAAAAUUGCUGCUUUAGAAACCAUGCUCAUUGAGUGUCGCCGUGCCAAACCUUGUGCUUCAAUUGGGCAACAGACAAUCUUGCCGCAAGCUUGUGUUGAAUGUGAAACUGACCCACCGCCAAUAAUGGAUAAAUGCGUCGGGGAUUGCCAAGCCCCUCUUUCUACCACUGGAUGUCAAACACAUGAUUUAAGAAGAGUAUUAUCCUGCGAACAUGAAACUUGGUGUGACUGUAAAUCCGAUAGCGUCACAUCUUUAAAAGCGGAAGAGACUAAACUGGAAGAAGUUGUACAUGGUUUGCAGUCAAGUGUUAGCAAAAUGAUUGUCUCGGAGUGUCAAAUAAAACAAGAUAAAGCCAGAAUUUCCGAACUGGAAAUGCAAUUAUCUUGUGCUUGGAAAACUAGAGAUUGUGAAGUACAAGCGGCCCGCCAAUGUCGAGAGAAAGAAAUCACAAAUUUAAAACAAGUCAUUGAUAAUUUAGUUAAAAAUUUAGAUAAUGAAAAGCAACGCUCCGAUAAUCUACAGAAAGCGGUUGAUAUGUAUCAUGACACAGUAGACACAAUGAAAGAAUCCGAGCAUAAGUUUAAACAAGAAGUUUUGGGUCAAAAACGUACCAUACAGAAUUUGCAAGAAGUUUUAAUCAAAACAAAGCAGAACUUGGAGGAAUUGCAAGAAAAGAGCAACAUUGAAUGCCAAGAACAUAGUAUAUUGGUGGAAAAAUUAAUAACAAUUGUUACUGCAGCAGAAAAGGAGAUUCAAGUAUAUGUGGAACAAUGUGAAGAGUUUGCCAUUUUGAUUGAGAAUUUACGAGAUGAAAAUAUACAACUAGAAGAGAAUUUGUUUUAUAAUCACCAAGACUUGGAAAUGUAUGAAAUGCGUUUGUCAAAGUAUCAAGGCAUGUACAAUCAAGUUGAAUCACAAUGUGGAACCCUUAAGAAAGAAUUACAAGCGUUAGAAGCUCAAAAGUAUGAGAAGGAUGUAUUCGUACAAGAUUUAAGCGAACACUUAGCAGAGUGUCAAAAGGAAUUGGCCGAUUUAUUCUCAGUACUGAAUUCGGAAAAGGUUGAAAAAGAGGACCAAACUGAACAUAUAGCCGAAUUACAAUUGCAACUAACUUUAACUUCAGAAAAAUUAAACUGUACUUUAAAUGCUCUUGACCGUGAGAAGGAGCAAUCGGCAAAGCUAUCAAAAUCGCUAGUAAAAAAUCAAAAUGUUACAGCGACAAUAAGAAACGAGACAAUUUUAGCUCAUGAAAAGCUUCAGGCCGCGGCAUUAACAAUUGCAAGUCAUGAGCAGAAAAUCAAUAUAUUUUCACAAGAAAUUAUUAAAUAUCAAAGUGUAAUUGAAACAUUAGAACAUGAUCAACGUAACUUAAAUCAACAAUUAGAAGUUGCUCAAUUGCAAUUGGAGAGCAGAUGCACUGAAUGUGACAAGUUUUGUCAACAAAUUGCCGAAUUGAAAAUUUACCAUGAAAAUGAGGUGAAAAAUUUAUCUGAUAAACUCUAUGAUAUGGACCGAACCGAAAGCAAGUUAAAACAGAAUUUGAUUGACACGGAAACUAAGUAUCAUACGCAAAUUAAUCAAUAUCUCAGUGAGCAAGAACGUUUGAUCACAGUCGUUAACACUCUUGAACAUCAGAUUACUCAUAUAAAUUCACAGCUUAUGGAAAAAGAACGACAUUUAGAAGUGCUAAAAUCUAAUAUUUGCAGUCAAGAAUUGGUACAGAAUAAACAUGAGGAGAUUAUUCAUUUGAAGAAUGAAAUCAACACGUUGAUUCAAACGCAGGUAAUGUUGAAAGCGGAUAACGAAAAGUUACAGAUGCAAUUGGGCCAUAUGCGUUCUUCACUCACCGCGAAUGAUGAAAAAAAUAAAUUGAUUAUUGCCGAAUUAGAGGCUUGUUUAAAUGAUCUUCAUAAUGAUAAAGAUUUUCUGGUGCGCAAAAAUGAUCAGUUGCUGGCAAAAAUACAAUCGCUGCAAGAUAUUUUCAACUCGAAAACGGAAUCAUUGGUCACUUUGGAGUUGGAACUGACUGAAGCGAAGUUUACUCGCGAUAGUUUGUGCAAUGAGAGUAAACAAGUUAUUGAUCAUGUAAAAUGUUGGUUGGAAGAGCAGCGCAAGAUAAAUAUUGAGUUAAAUGAACGUAUUAAGCAUAAGAAUGAUGUUAUCGGUAAGCUUAAGCAGGAAAAGAAGAAUUUGAUAGCUAGGUUGAAGCAAGUUUCGUCCAGCGUUGUGGAUUCCUCGUUGCAGAAGACUGCUUCGAGUAAUUGUACUGCGUACACACGUCAACAGCAGCAAUCACAAUACCCUAUGCAGGUGUUGCAUUCGCCACCGCCUCCGAGACGGGGCUGGAGUUUAGGAUCGGUUGACAGCGCGCCAUGUAGUUUAAUUGACGAUUCUGACUGGGAAGCGGAUAACAAUGACGAAGAGCAUUGCCCCCAAAUAUGGAUUCAUAGAGUUGAGUGUCUCACUGAAGAACUGCAACGCAGCAAUUUGUAUUGGAAAUCUAAGAUGACCGAACAAGAGUAUUCAGUUUCUAGGGACAAAUAGCGUUGCGGUUUCAUAUAUACAUAUUUAUAUAUUUUAAGACUGGUUUUACAUGCUUUUUACUAAUUUAUAAAAGAUUUAGUUUAUUGUUUUUCUUUGUAUUAUUUUGUGUUUGACUAUUAAAAAAUGUCAUAUUAA